ACAUUUUACUUCCCUGUGGAAAUUUCUAUUACUGAGCAUGCACCAUCUAUCACAACAUUUAAUGAAAUAAGAGAAUAUGGCCUCAUCAGAUAGGAACGUGUGCACUCUCUGUUAUGAUGAUGGAACAUCUACAGAAGCUGUCACAUGGUGCACAGAAUGUGAGGUGUUCCUUUGUACAGACUGUGAAAAACAUCAUAAAAGGUCAAGAACAUCCAAAGAACACAAAACCAUUUCUUCUACAGAAUACCAUAAAUUACCUCAAUUUAUGCUAGAUAUAAGUAGCCAGUGCAAAGACCACAAGAAGAAGUUUGAACUUUACUGUUCUUUCCAUGCCUGUCCCUGUUGUGUCACAUGCAUCACUGAUAAACACCAGAAAUGUCAAGAAAUGAAACCACUAUCAGAUAUUAUUAAGCAAGUUAAAUCAUCUGCCUUUGUUCAACUUCUUGAAAAAGAUUUGAAAAAUGUAAAAGAAAACUUUGAAGAGAUUAUAAAAUGUUUGAACAGUAGAAUCGAAAUCAGCAAUUCUCAUAAACAGAAAGCUGCUGAAGAAAUUCGAUCUAUGAGGAAAUCUAUAGAUGAUUACUUAAACAAAAUAGAAAAAGACAUUCUGGAUGACCUCGAAUCUAAACAAUCAAACAUAAAAUCAGAAAUAAACACUCUUCUACAACAACUGACACAAAGAGCCAAUGAAAUCAGCCAAUUGGAGAGUGAGUUUUCUAAAAUGACUCAAUAUGCAACCGAGUUACAAAUGUAUGUUGGUCUGAGAGAAAUUGAGAAAGCUACAUCCCAAGCUGCAAAAUAUAUUGAAGAUUUGAUCAGUGGCAAUGAAUUUGAAGAAAUUAACCUAAACCUUAAUAUUUCAUCUGAACUUGAAUCAAUUUUAAAAGAUGUCAAAUCAUUUGGAGAUAUUUAUAUCAAUACCAGACCAUGUACCCUUGAAUUAAAAGCUGGAAGAAAAGAUCAAGCACAGAACCUAGUUCUUACUAUUCCUAGAAUUGAACAAAUUAAGCCAUCUAUGUUGAAAAAGCUGGCAAUUCCGGAAGAUAUCUUAUCAAUGAAUAUUCGUGCCUGUAGACUAUUGCCUGAUGGUAAAUAUCUAAUCAUUGACAACCAGUUUUAUACAGGUCACCUGCUGCUGUUCAGUAAUGCUGGCAUGUUUCUGAAAGAAGUAGUGGCAUUCAAUGGAUGCUCAUUUGAUACUUGCAUAUUAAGAAAUAAUACAGUGGCUGUCACAUUAGGAUUGGAAAAGCAGAUAGCAUUUGUGGAAAUAGAAAAGAAUAAUAUCAUCAGAACAAUUCACUUUUCUCAUGUCUGUGAUGCAAUAGCAAGUGAUGGUCAAAUGUUGGUCAUCAGCAGUAUGGAAAAAAGUACAUUAGUAAAUCUGACUGAUGAGUCACAUACAAUCUUAGAAGGAGUUGUGGCAGAUCGUGUUGCAUUAUUCAAUGAAAGUAUCUAUGGUACACUAUAUAAAGCAAAGCAAGUCAACUGCUAUACUAGUACUGGAGAACCUCUAUGGACAUUUCAGCACCAAGAUAUUGUCAGUCCAAGAGAACUUGCAUUGGACAAGAAUGGCUUUGUUUAUAUAGCCUCUCGUGGAAACAACAGUAUAGUGGUAGUGUCACCAGAUGGUAAAACACUUAAGACAAUACUGUCUGAGGCUGAUGGAAUCAAACAUCCUUAUGCAAUAGACAUAAACAGAGAAACAGGAAUAAUGAUAGUGUCAAGUCAUAUACGUGAUCAUUGUGAGGAGGAUCUUUAUCAAACAGCUUUUGUUUAUAAAAUCUAAAAUGUGAGAUUUUUUAAAAUUGCAAAUAAAAGUCUAAAGAUGUCGACUCUAGUGUUACCACCAGUAAUAAGUCUAAGAGUUAUAAGUCUUCUUUUUUACCAACAGUUAUAGGUCUCUGAUCAACACUAGUACUCAAACUCCCUUUUUUAAAAACAUACAUUUACACAAAAUAAAAGAUUUGUCUUAGUAUAUAAUAUCACAAAGGCCAAAUUAAAUCUGACACAGAAAUGGUGGACAUGCAAAAGUUAAUUAUCUAAAAAAUAGUUUGCCAAAUUUUACGACAAUCUGGUCAACUAGUUAGGUAACUAAGAUCAUAAAGAAUUCUGUGAAGAAAAAAUAGUUGAGGGAAAGGAUAGAAGGUGACGAUAAAUUUAUCAAACCAAAGAGCUUUAGUUUUUCUUUUGUAAUUAAAGUCUUAUCUAUAUAACAACAAUUAAUACAAAAAUCAAAUGUAAUAAGUCCUCCUACAUUAGAAUCAACAGUACAUUGUCAUCUAUACAUGAAAUAAAAAGUUUCCAGGUAAUUUUUGUAUUUUCAACAGACAUUUCUUAUUCCUCGACACAUAAAAACAAAACAAGAGUGCACACGCUGAAAUGUCUCACCUGUUUUACUCAUAAUGAUUGAAUUUCAUACCAUACAACAAAUAUAGCCUAACCUUGAUCACUGAUCCAUAUGAUGUCUCGAAGUCAGGUGGACAGAUAUUUAGAUCUUGCAAGGAUCCCAUGUACCAACUACAUUUAUUCAACUACUCAUAAUGAGUGAAUAUUUCACAUGACAAAAAAAUCAAUUUCUUUUUCAAACAGCCACUAGUCGCUGAACCAAGAAAAUGAGGUCAAGGAAAUGGCCAUUUGACAGAUGGAAGGUUUGAAACAUAAGGUAUGAAGCUUCAUGUUUUCUACCUUCUUAUAUCUUUUUACAAAUACCGGUAGUUUAUGCUGCUGCCAGAUUGAAAUCCCUGUCUCCCAUUCUGUCACAGCGAGAGAAAAAAUCAUAUAGUAUGGGUUAUGCUCAUGGUUGAAGACGGUAUGGUAUAUAUAGCUGCAUUACUCUACGUCAUUUAAUCUCUGUUAAAUAGUUGUCUCACUACAUUGUCUGAAUCAUUUUUGAUUCUGACAAUGUAGUAAUGUAUCAUGCAGAACACAGGUUAUGAACAUAAAUUAUGUAAUUUUAUUGGAAUGAAGUUAAGAUAAAAAUGUUUAUAUGUUAAGUAAAGGCAAUAAUUGAAAAACACCCAGAAAUGAAUAGACCACAUAAAUAAAAGUAAAUAUAAAGGUAUCGAAAUUUAAACCGAAAAUGAUUAAAUAAGGCAUAAACUUCUUCAUAACUCAAAUUCACAGAGAUAUUAAUUUUCUUUAAAUAGUACCAAACAAAUUGUAGUAUAAGGAAAGACAUUUAAUGCAUAUAUAUCAUCUAAAUGUCACUCCAUUGAUAAAGGAAGUUUCUUCUACUGUAUUAUGCUUAUUUGUAUAUCGCCUGUGUGUUUUUAUCUUUUAAAAAAAUACUUGAAUGUACACACACCUGAAGAACUUUGAAUAAAGCUAUUCAGCUUUCUGUCUUUAUUUUCAAUACUUUCUGACGCAUAGAAAUAUCUUUUUUAUAUAUACUAUAAAAGUAAGUAUAUGAAUUUAAAUCAAUAAUUCUGUGAGACUGGUGUUGGGAUAGGUAGUUUAAACAAAUGACUUCUCCUUAGAAUGCAUCAUUCAAGUUUUCAUGAAAUAAAGGCAUAAAGAAAAUGGCCUCAUCAAAUAAAGACGUUUGCAACCUCUGUUAUGAUGAUGGAACAUCUACAGAAGCUGUCACAUGGUGCACAGAAUGUGAGGUGUUCCUUUGUACAGACUGUGAAAAGCAUCACAAAAAGUUAAAAACAUCUAAAGACCACAAAACAAUUUCUACUAAAGACUUCAAUAAAUUACCGAAAUUUAUGCAAGAAAUUAGUUCCCACUGCAAAGACCACAAAAAGAAGUUUGAAAUUUACUGUUCUUUCCAUGCCUGUCCCUGCUGUGUCAUAUGCAUCACUGAUAAACAUCAGAAAUGUCAAGAAAUGAAACCACUGUCAGAUAUUCUAAAGCAGGUCAAAUCAUCUGCUUCAGUUCAGCUUUUCAAAAAAGAUUUGAAAGAUGUGAUGGAAAAUUUUGAAGAGAUUAUCAAAUAUUUGAACAGUAGGAUGAAAACCAGCAAUAUUCAGAAACAGAAAGCUUCUGAACAAAUUCGAUCCAUGAGGAAGUCAAUAGAUGAUUUCUUAAACAAAUUAGAACAAGAAAUUCUUGAUGACCUAGAAUCAAAGCAAUCACAGCUGAAAUCUAAGAUGAACACUUUACUACAACAACUGAAAACACAAGCCAAUCAGAUAAGCCAAUUGCAGAGUGAGUUUUCCCAAAUGACACAAUAUGCUACUGAGCUACAAAUGUAUGUUGGUCUGAAAGAAAUCGAGAAAACUACAUCUCAAGCAGCACAAUACAUAGAACCUUUAAAAAGUGGAGGCCAAUUAGAUGAAAACAACCUAGAAGUAACCAUCUCAUCUGAGCUAAAAUCAAUUUUAAAAGAUGUCAAAUCAUUUGGAGUUAUCAAUCUCAAUACCAGCCCGUUUCCCCUUCAAGUCAACUCUGGAAGUAAAGAUCAAGCACAGAACCUAGUUCAAGCAAUUCCUGAUAUUGAUCAAAUAAAGCCAUCCAUGUUAAGAAAGCUGACAAUUCCAGAAUAUAUGAAGUCUAUUAAUAUAUUUGCCUGUAGAAUUUUACCUGACGGUAAAUAUUCAAUUCUUGAUAGCAGCUUGGAUAAAAGUCAUCUGCUGCUGUUCAGAAAUGAUGGCAUGUUUCUGAGAGAAGUAGUGGCAUUUACUGGAUCCUCAUUUGAUACUUGCUUUGUUAGAACUAAUACAGUGGCUGUCAUAUUAGGAUCAGAAAGGCAGACGGUUUUGGUGGAUGUAGACAAAAAUGAAAUUAUCAAAAAAAUGGACAUCUGUAAAUCUGGUUCAGUAGUAAGUGAUGGUCAAAUGUUGGUCUUCGCCAGUAUGGAAUACAACAGUACCACAGUAAAUCUGAAUAAUGAGAAGAAUGACAAGAAGGGCUUCAGAUCAAAAGUUUUGGCAAAUCAUGUUGCAUUAUUCAAAGGAAAUAUCUAUAGUACCUUAACCGCGGAAAACAUCGUCCGCUGCUUCAAAAGUACUGGAGAACUACUCUGGUCAAUUACGCACCAUAGUAUUGUCAGUCCAAGAGGACUUGCAUUAGACAAGAAUGGCUUUGUUUAUAUAGUUUCUCGUGGAAACAAUGGUAUCUCGGUAUAAUCACCAGAUUAUAAAAAGUGUAAGACAAUAUUGUCCGAGGCUGAUGGAAUCAAAUAUCCUUAUGCAAUAGAUAUCAACAGAGAAACAGGAAUGAUGAUAGUGUCAAGUCAUAUAAUUGAUGGUAGUGAUGAGGAACUUUAUCAAACAGCUUUUGUUUAUAAAAUCUGAAAUGUGAGAUUUUUUCAUUUUGCAAUUAAAAGUGUAUAGAU